GUCUUGGCCAUGCGGCGUUGCUCCCUGAGACUGGUGUUUGGAGACAUGGAGCCCAUCACCGAGACGGUCCAGCACACGGUUCGGCUGGUGUCCUUGGUGCCGCCCCCCGGUGGCUUCUUUGCGGCGGCCGCGGGAGCUGAGCUCCGUUCCAUCGGUGGUGUGGAGCCGAGCUACCGCACCACCACAGGUGCACUGCUCUUCGCACCACCUUCGGCUGCCGGCUCGGUCAUGGCCGGCCUCGGCGAGGACCACCCCUUCCGCGGGGAUCGCCAGAACAGCAUCUUCCUGAGGCUCGUCUUCGGCGCCUCAGUCUUCGGCGGCGUCUCUGCUGCGUCCCCAGGUGGGGCCGGUGCUGCUGCGGCCUCCCCGGGCUUCGAGGUGCAGCUGCCUCCAGGCUAUGCUUGCACCAAGGCUGCAAGGAAGCGGAUGUUGCGCGUCUAUUGGGCUUCGGGCAAACUCGCCCUGGCUCUCGAGCCCGAGGAGUUUGCGCGUCUAGAUUCAGGCAGCGCCUGCUUCGUGAUGGUGCUCUCUUGGGCGAGGCUCCAGCUUGUGAUUCUCCCGUUUAGCCAUGCCACGGACCUGCAGAUCACUGAGCUACGACGCGCUGUCGAACGCGAUCAACUUCCGGAGGUGGAGGCCAUCCUGCAGCGGCCACAGGAUGCAGAUCUCUCUGUUGCCCGCGACUGGACGACAGCACUGCACGUGGCAGCAGAGCAUGGCUUUGUGGCAGCCGCGAGGCUGUUGCAAGAGGCCUGCGCAGACGUCGACAGGCCGGACAUCGUGGGGUCCACGCCCUUGCUCGUGGCCGCAAAAAACGGACACCUGAGCAUGGCACGCUGGCUGCUGGAAGCACGGGCGGACCUGAAUGCCAAGUGCUUUCCUGGCGGCCGCUCGUUUGGGCCCACGCCGCUCUUUAUGGCGGCCUUGACUGGGCGCCUUGAGGUCGCUCGCCUCCUCUUGGAUGCCCGGGCGGACAAAGAGAAGUCCGAGGCCCAUUCCACCCCGCUCUUCGUGGCAUCACAGCAGGGGCACCUCGAGCUCGUACAGCUUUUGUUGGAAGCCAAUGCCAACAAAGACAGCACCAACGAGGAAGGGGCGACCCCUCUGCUGAAGGCUGCGGAGCGUGGGCAUGCGGACGUGGCCAGGCUCCUUCUCGAGGCUGGUGCGAGCAAGGACAAGGCCGACUACUCCGGGUCCACUCCUUUGUUCGUGUCCUGCGUGGCCGACCGAUUGGAGGUGGUGCGACUUCUUCUGGCAUUCGGAGUUGACAAGGAUGCUGAGAACAAGUACGGGGACACACCGUUUUCCAUUGCAUGCCGCUGUGGCCACAUGAAAGUCGCAGACCUGUUGAGGGAGAGCGGAGCCCAUCAAAGCAACCAAAGUGUCAGCAAAUGA